AUGAACAGGAUCUUGAAAGUCGGAGGAAAACAAUCGAGUAGUUUCGAUUCCGAUUUAAAGGCACUCCGUUAAAAUUUAUUCCCCCGAAAAUUAAGGUUUUCAACCGAAUGAUCGCUCGGAUGUGAACGCGUGCUUCCAUCCCGCGGGAUACGAGUGUUCGAUAAAUCAUGCGAAAAAUUCGAACGAUCGGACCACGGUGAACGAAAGUUGCGCAGCAGUGACGGCGAGGUCGAUGAUACUCACGUUAAAGGUCACAGACGCGUUUUCACCAAGAUCGGUGUCCAAAGCUCUGACACGCGCCACUUCCGUCCCCGGCGGUUGUUCCUCCCUGACACUGACCACAUCUCCCUGUGGGUCCACGAUUUCUGGCGAAUUGUCAUUCACGUCCAACACUGUAACCUUCAGGGGUACCCUGGCCGCUCUCGACGGGAUGGCCCGCAAAAGUCACGAAGAGUACAGGGGGGCUGCGAGAGAAAAAGGAGGAGGAGAAGAAGAUGAAGAAAAAGAAGAAGAAGGAGGAACAAGAGAUGAAGAGAAAGAAGAAGGAAAAGGAGGAGAAGGAGGUAAAGACGCGAAAGAAAAAAAGAAAAGAAAAAAAAAGAAGAAACGUGAGAAGAAGUAG